UUAUCAGUUUACAAAUUACUUAUUUUCAACGUGUGUACCACUCCCCGCCAAUCAUGGAAAAUGGACCAGUUUCUUGUAUACCAACAACUCCGAAAAUGUCAAAGGCGAAAAAAGUAAUCGAAGAUGCUUUGGAUAAUCAUAAUCCAGAAUUGGAUUUGGCCGAUAAAGGUGUCAUAUCCUUUGAAGAAAUGCCAGGGCUCAUUGAUAUGCAUAACAUCACUCGGAUUACGUUGAGUCAUAAUAAAAUACAAAAGGUACCACCUGGAAUAGCAAAUUUAACUAAUUUGGAGAUGUUGAAUUUAUUCAACAACCAAAUUGAGGAGUUGCCAGUUUCUCUUUCGUCGAUGCCCAAGUUAAGAAUAUUAAAUGUUGGGAUGAAUCGUCUAGACUCGUUACCUCGUGGUUUUGGAGCAUUUGCUGUUUUGGAAGUUUUGGAUUUGACUUAUAACAACUUAAAUGAAUCCAGUUUACCGGGGAACUUCUUUAUGUUAGAAACAUUACGAGCUUUAUAUUUGGGUGACAAUGAUUUUGAGACAUUACCAUCUGAUAUUGGGCAAUUAAAGAAUCUUCAAAUAUUGGUGCUUCGAGAAAAUGAUCUCAUUGAUAUUCCGAAGGAAAUUGGCUAUUUGCCUAGAUUACGUGAACUACACAUCCAGGCAAACCGUCUGACAGUAUUACCACCGGAGCUAGGUAAUUUAGAUCUGAUAGGUAACAAGUCAGUUUUGCGAAUGGAUUUCAAUCCAUGGGUUGCACCAAUAGCUGAUCAACUGCAAGUCGGUGUAUCUCAUGUUAUUGAUUAUAUUCGAUCGGAAACUUAUAGAUAUCUCUACAACCGUCAUAUAUCUGCUAGAGGUGCUCCUCCACCAAAACUUAACGACAAGACAAGGAAAAUAUCCAGAAUUUGAUAACAAAAUUGUAAAAUUGUACUGCAUUAAAAUAGUAUUAAGAAAUGUUAAGAACAUGCAUAAUUUUUAAAUUCUUUAAUUGUAUUUCACAGAUAAUUUAAAAAAAUUUCAUAACAUACAAUUUUAAUUAAUUGACUAACUAACUUUAAGAACAAUAUGAUUUUGCACUUAGUAGUUCAUUAUUUUUGGUGCAAAUUAGUUUAACCACCUUGAUUUUAAACAAUGUAUGCUUACGUUUUUUUUAAAUAUUUAUUACUGUGUGUUAAUAUUAAUAAUUUAUUUUUAAAAUUACUUAACCUGUUAAUGUUUUAUAGUUUACUUUUUAUGCAUUAAAUUUAUUUAUUUUUAUACCUUGUAUAUAUUUUUAACUUGUACACAUAAAAUUGGUAAUCUUAAGAUACAUUAGUAAAAACUACAGACAUGAUCAGGAGCUUGUGGUAAAGAAUAAUGGAAAAAUUAUAAAUGAUUUAAUUUAAAAAUUAUAAUUUUUAAAUAUUGAGAAAUAUACUGCUUAUAAUUAUUAA